AUAUUUAUUAUUCAACCUUUUGUCUUUUAGGUCUGUUUCCCUGUGGAAAAAGCUCAUUGAUUUCUAUAUGUAGUUGUUGAGAGGGUUAACUUCAAUCUUUAUUUUGAUUUCCUUAAAAUGAAUCAUGAUAGUAGAUAAAUUUUAGCAUAAUUUAUGGUCUGAAGAAGGUUGCUCAUAAAUUAUUUCCUCUAGAAUUUCUACUGACUAACUUGCUAUUGGGGGAGCUUUGUAUAAUAGUUUUUUUUCAGAGGAACGUUUCUGGAGGUCAUCUGGAGCCGAUUUUGUAAGAAAUUUAUGAUAUUGAGAAGUUGAAGAAAUGCUGAACUAUUAUGAGCAAUGCUGGCCUGGGGGGCGGAAUGAUGCAUUCAGUGCAGUAGGAAGUAAAGCCUGCCGUGAGAAAAUGAGAAGAGAAAAAUUAAAUGACAGGUUCUCAGAAUUGUGCUCUUUGCUGGAACCUGAUAGACCUGUGAAAACUGACAAAUUGGCUAUACUCGGUGAUGCCAUCAGAGUUCUAAAUGAGCUGAAGUCUGAAUCUCAGGAAUACAAAGAGAUGAACGAAAAGCUUUUGGAAGAGAUCAAAACAUUGAAGGUUAGAGCAGGUGUUUAUACAGCAUUUAUGGAAAUCACUAUUUCUCUUUUAAUUUUGUUAUGCUGGAACCUUGGGCAUAAUGUACCUCUACAGCAUUGUUGAUAGAUCUGGUUGUUUUCUGAUUUGUGACGAUCAUUCUAUUUUUUCUUUAAAUUUCUUUUUUGUGAUCUCUGAUUCAGCUGUAUAAAAGGAUGACUGUACAGUGCUUUGCUUCCAUAGAGAAUUUGCUAGGAAGUUGAAUUCACCACCAUUUUAUACAAGUGGACUGGCAU